CUGACGGCGGAGAGCUUCGGCUACAAGGUGAACGCCUCGGCGCCCAGCCUGAAGCGCAAGCAGAUCUGGACGCUGGAGCAGGAUGAAGCCGACAGCUCCGUCGUCUUCCUCAAGAGCCACCUGGGCCGGUACCUGGGUGCCGACAAGGACGGGAAGGUGCGGUGCGAGGCCGAGCAGCCGGGGCGGGACGAACGCUUCAGCAUCAUCACCCAGUCGGACGGGCGCUGGGCGCUGCAGUCGGCCCCGCACCGGCGUUUUUUCGGCGGCCGGGAGGAUCGGCUCUCCUGCUUCGCCCCCAGCGUGACGGAGGGCGAGCUCUGGACCGUGCACUUGGCCAUGCACCCCCAGGCCAACCUGCUGAGCGUCAGCCGCCGCGCCUUGUACGCCCACCUCAGCGCCCACGAGGACGAAAUCGCCACCGACAGCAACCUGCCCUGGGGAGUGGACGCCCUCAUCACCCUCUGCUUCCAGGACAAGAAGUACAGCCUGCGCACCGCCGACGAGCGCUACCUGCGCUGCGACGGCACGCUGGUCCCCGAACCCGGCGCCGGCACCGGUUACACCCUCGAGUUCAAGGCGGGCAAACUGGCUUUUAAGGACUGCGACGGCAAAUACCUGGCACCCACGGGGCCCACCGGCACCCUCAAGUCCGGCCGCAGCUCCAAGCCGGGCAAAGACGAACUCUUCGACCUGGAGGAGAGCCAUCCCCAGGUGGUCUUCACGGCGGCCAACGGCAGAUACGUCUCCAUCCGGCAAG